AUGAAAUCAAAGACAUUUCAGCCUUCCAGAAAAUCCAAGGCAAAAGACACACAACCAGAUUCGGCAGAAAGCCUAUACAUUCGGGCCACCGAGGAGGAAGAGUUUGGCGACAGAUGGCUGGGUUCAGAUCUCGCCAAGGCUUUGAGAUUCUACCAGAGAGCAUAUUGUUUGUAUCUCGAAUCGCUGCGAUUGCAGACGGACUACCUGGACUCAAGAUACAAUGUGUCACGGCUCCUCUUUUUUGUGUAUGACCGAUACGUUAAAAAUGAAGCUGUCAUCCUUGACGAGCUGGAAAAUUGCUCAGAAGCAUUGACAGGCACAGCAAGCAGUGUGGUGAGACCGCUGCAAGAAAUCAUCCAGGUGUUCCAGGAGUCGAUCCAGAUCUCACAAACAGCCGAGGACUUUCCGUGGGAUUUAUAUUAUAACGCUGCGUUGUGCUAUCUCGAGUACAUGGAGGAGCUAGUGAACAAUGGGGAUAGUUUCAGUGAGCUCGUCUCCUGUGGCCAAGAGUGUCUGGAACUGCUCAGAAAAGUGCUUGAGCACCAAAUGAGAGAGCUUGCUGCACUUUCAAGUCCAGAGGAACCGCAAGUUAUUGCCAAAGAACACGAAUACGAAACACAGCAAGAGGCAAUAGUUCCACCAACUGUUCUUGAAACCUGCGUCACAGGAUACAAAAUUCUUGCGACAGUAUAUGAAGGGGCCAUUUCAGAGGACGAAAGAGGGCUAGUGGAGCGGAAGUUCGCAGAUGCCGCACUUAAACUCGACGAAUUGGCGUCUACUUUAGUCAACCAAUACUCUGCUCCGGUCCACGACUUCAUUCCGCCGUUGUCUGCUGAAGACCUUGAGCAGCUUCAUCUUACAAGACUAUACUAUGAGGCUGCAAAGGCCGAUACUUUUGACAAGUUACUCGAUCUCUGGCAAGGCUCGAAAUCGGUAGAGAAGCUUCUUUUGGAAAACGAGUCCUACAGAACAUUUCUGGCGAAAAAAGAUACCAUACCUGCUGCCACGCGCUGGCAUGUGCUAUCGUCUAUCAGCAACCGCUACAAGGAAGCCUUUGAGCUCCUAAAGCAGGAGUACGAUCAGUUAAAAAGAACUGCUACCAAUUCACAGCUAGGUAGUAAGAUCGCCCAGAUGUGCUCUAUUUUAAUCGAGAGAGCAGACGUGGAUCUCGAGCGAUCACAGACAGCCACGUUGGAGGAAAAGACGCGAAACAUCCUUGCUACAAAUGCUAACAAGCUGCUGAGGAAUGCCAUUACGUAUUCGCAGCAGUCAGGUGGCCUGAGAGAGAGCGUACUUGAGAAACUCGCUAGAAGAAAGAAAUUGAAGGAGGCAUCCACUCGGCUAUGCAUUUUGGAGGGCAAGACGUCGACCGAGGAGUUGGACAAAAUAGUAGGAAGGACAUUCUGGCCUCAGGAAUUGCACGAACUGAAGGAACUGGGAAUAUAUAAGGCUGAGCUGGGAUUGUCAUUAUAG